CGUGUGGAGGUGCAUUUGGUGCUGGUCCAUGCAUACAAAACUGCAAGGACUGAGAAGCUCGCUCAUUCAUUGUUAACGCCUCAUUGCUACUCAGUCCACGAGAUUUAAGUCUCAGCAUGAGUUCGAGUGCACAGACUGCCGAGAAGUGCUGAAGUUUGACAAUCUGCCUGGGACUUCAAUAUCAAAUGUUACUUUUUAAGCAAGGUGCUAAUAGCAUCCUGAUGAUUUAGGUAAGCCAUAACAAUGCACAUUUGUACAAAAACAAAAGUUCUGAAUUUUUGCAAAUCACGGAUUAUCAUGAGGUUUAACCAUGUUUAAGGGAAAACUGUUUAUGCUAAACGUUUACGUGGAUUUAGAAAUUAUUUCAAAAAUUAGUUAUAGGCUGUUGCAGAUCUGCUGAGAAAUGUGUCUCUUUGAGGUCGUUGUUUUAAACUAAAUUGAACCUUAACAAUAUUUUAGUACCCUGAAAAAAUGACACAAAAAUGUCCCAUGGUGUCACUGAACUGCAGAUCAAGAUCUGAGGUUGCAUGUGAAUUAGCUGGGUUGAAAUCUCUCGCAGUCAACAUGAUGAUACUUAAAUGCUUUCAUAAAGAAUGUGUGACAUCAGAAAGAUGAGGCAGUUCAUAUGUUUUUUGAAAUAUUGUAUGUUCUAUGAAAAUGCAUGGGCAAAUACUUUUGUAUCACAGUCUUUAUAGUUUAAUGAAGAAAGUGAAAUUCAGAGGUUUCAUGAAAAUGAUCUUCAACUGGUUACUUUUACUUCACAAGAAGUCACAUGCACUGUGCUCUACAACAUGUGCAUUGACUUGGCCGUUUGAUUUAUGUGUGGUUUUACAUAGUUUUGCAUAGUCUGCUUUUAUUUUCCUUUCUUAACCAUAUUUGUUUUUCCAAAUUAACAUUUCUUGAAAUAAAAACAUUCCUAUGCUUAUUCUGAAAUGCUUCAAUAAAAGUGGUACCUACAUGUGUGAUGAGUUAAAUAGCCUAUUACAGUUUUCAAAAGUGUGAUGUUUGUUUUUGCGGCACUUUUCGUCAGUCAAAGUUUUGCUUUCUAAUAGUAUGAACACAUACAGUGAAAGCCUGAUGAUGGAGUGGAUUUACUGAAGUUGUAAUGCUAUUGAUGGGCUUCUGUGUUUUACUAAGUUCACAAUGUCUGUGAAAAGAAUGUGUAGUUUGUCUACAUGCAAACCUGAUUUCUUUUUUGACCUUAUUUAAAAUGGGGUAUAGAUUCUUUUGGAAGUCUGCGCAGGGGUAAAAACAUUGUGUAGCACUCAUAUCUGUUGACCCUGUAGAACAUAAUUUAUUUGUAAUGAUAUGGCUCUGUUUUUGAGAUCAGAAAAAUUAGCUUCUUCUGCAAAAUCUGGGUGCCAGCUCCUCUGUAACUCUCUUUGUUUGGCUUACCAGUCCUACAUGUUUCAAAUAUAUUUUAAUAAAUGUUAUAAAGCAUUUAUAAAUGUAUUUUAUUGGUCCCUAAUAAAUUAACAUACACCCAAGAGAAAAUUCAUGAAAUUUUGCUAUAGCUGUUUUAGAAAGUAAGAAAUGCUUUUGCACGACCCUUUAAAUAAUAACAAUAAUUCCAAGAGAUCAAUUCAUACGGAAAAAAAAGACCCCUUAAAAACAAAUCCAAACUCAGGCUAUAAACAUGACAAAAGAGCAGUUGGUGUGAUGUUGAGAAAAUGUCAUCCUUUAUAAAAACCGUCCUGCAUUGGACUAAUUAGUGUCGUACAACCUGUUGAAUUAGGACGAUGGCUUAAGGCCAGCAGGCCAUUUAUUCACAAAUAUGAGCUGCAGUUGACAAAGUACUUGUUGUCUGACCUGUCAACGGUACGUGUCACCGUUAACAAAAAAUGCUAUGUUCUUUAAAAGAAACUGCUGUACACAGCAAUGGUUACAAUGUGUGAUGGUACUUUCAAAUUUCAAGUAGACGGUCAUGCUUUUAGAUAGGUGUGUAUCCUUCAUGCUGGAAUAUAUGGUUUAUUAUCUAAACUUUUUAUCAGUGACUCAGAUCUGACAGUUCCCAAGUACUUGCAUGGGGGAUGUUUAGUUAUGGCUGACAUAACAUCACCUUCCACCGCCAGCACAGGCUUUUUGAUAAUGUAACUUUUACACACUAGUGGUGUUUACCUGGUUGACAGACAGUAUAACACAUUGAAGUAAUAGUGAAUACCUCGAGCUUUAAAAUGAACAUUUUAUACUUUUAUAUUUCUGAAUUUAUGAUAAUUGUAUUGAUAGUUUUGCUGAGUGAAGAUUUGUUAAAUCAAGAUCUGGUGACAAGAAGUGUUAUUGUCAGCUUUCCUUUUACAAAACAAAGAAAUUGUACAAAUUUGGCCAUUAUUGAGGCUUUGUGGACAUUUGAGAAGCACUAAUGGACAUAUUGUGUCUCUUAUGCUUAGCAAAGCUGCAUUUAUUUGAUCCAAAAGACCUUUUUCUCCUUCGGUUGCUCUCGUUAGGGGUUGCCACUGCAGAAUUAUCCACACAAAUUUAACUAAUUUCUAAUUGAAUAUAUUUUAAAAUGUUAUUUAUUCCUGUGUCCAGCAUUGAACCUGGAAAACAUAAAAUAAAUAAAUAAAUACAAAUUAACCUCCACAGGAAGAAAGUCUUCAUAACAUUGCAGAUUAUAUUUCAUGUUAUGCACAACCUGUCAAAACAGGGGCAAGGCCUUUUUACUUGCUCAGAAUAAGCUUUAAUAUCUCAUGUCAGUUGUUCAUACAAUUUACAGUAAGACACUCAAAUUACUGUUCCAUCAGGCAACAUUUGAUUAUAGGAUGUAGUGAAACAGGUUAUAUUUUAAUACAUAUUUAUCAUUUACACAACAGUAGCAGUUAACUUGAGUUGGGAAAGAACAUUCUGUCCUUUUAUUAGAAAUGAGUGAUUGAUAUGAGAUCUUUCCCACAGGUUGUCUUGUAGUUUUCUGCUUCAGGGCUUUUGAAAGCAUAGACACUCCUCCAUAAUUAAAUGUAACCUUUCCAUACCUGUUGUGUCAUGUGACUGGAGUCACACCGCCUAUAUUUCUCUCUCUCUCACCCUAAUUCAAGGACUUUUAACUAACUAAACCAGGCAUUGUGAGCUCAGUUCUGUUUUGAGCAAAACGAACAGGUUUCCUUGCAUAACCACCAUCUUGUAUUCUCUUCCCUCCUACUAGUUUCAGGUGUGAAGAAGUGAGUCAUUCCUUAUCAAACACCUGCAGUAUAAAUGAGUUAACCUCACUACGUACCGGACGAGACCCCCAUUCAUCUGCAUACAUUCAGCUGGAAUCAUUUGACGCGGAAAAAACACGAUGCUCUCGAUCUCCCGAACCUGCCUCAGGGGAAUCUACAGCUGUCAUUGGAACAGUCAAAAUAGAAGACCAAAUAGGGCUUGCUGCUGGCUCUCCUUUCUGUCUUUUGUGUCCAUACUUGCCCUGAGUUGGAUGUACGUUUGUUUCAUUGCCUUCAACGACCACAAUGAUGUAAACUGGCAUGCCUUCAAAACAUUAAAAAAAUGGGUGAACUGGUACAUGAUAGUGAUGGUCGUUUCUGCCGUGCUGGCCACAUACUGCCUCCUUCUACUGGUAUUUGGAUUGCUACACUUAGCAGUCAGAGAGCCCUUGGAUUUACACUGGCUGCAUAAGGUGUUUCUGUUUUUGGGUCUGCUCACUGUUACUUUAGGCACAGCUGGAUUUUGUAAAGAAUGGAUAGAGGAAUGGCAAACUGUUUAUAUGUCAUUUCAGGCCACUGCUCCUUUCCUGCAGCUGGGUGCUGUGGUGGCUUUGACCUUGAUCAGUUGGCUGGUGUUCCAGGGUUAUCAUACAGCUCAAACAGCUGCUAGUAAGGUUUUUAUAAUGCUGACCUUCCUGGUAGUGUCCGCUGCUGUGUUCCUGUGUCCUCUUGCAAUCUGCUCUCCAUGCAUUGCCAAUAAUCUUCCCCCAAAACCUGCCCUCGUUGGACAUCGCGGUGCUCCAAUGCUGGCACCAGAAAACACCAUGUUGUCAUUCAGGAAGAGUAUGGAGUGUGGCGUUGUAGCAUUUGAAACAGAUGUGCAACUCAGUAAGGACAUGAAGCCUUUUCUUAUGCAUGACAAUGGUCCAAGUUUUCUGCUACGAACAACUGAUGUGAAGGAGAAAUUUCUAGGUCGAGAUGCCGACAUGCACGCUAACUUCACUUUGCAAGCAUUACAGACUUUAAAUGCAGGCGAAUGGUUUGUAAGGACAGAUCCAUUUCAGUCAGUUUCAUCGCUCUCAAAGGAAGAGAAGAGGGAGGCUAACAACCAGAGUGUACCGUCUCUUUCGGAGCUCUUAGUCAUGGCCAAAAAGCAUAAUGUCUCUCUCAUAUUUGACCUAAAAAAUGAGAAAAACUCGACAGGAUUCCACAACAGCGACUCCUACUACACCGCUGAAACGAUAGAAAAAUCAGGCAUCUCACCGGACAAGAUAUGGUGGCUUCCUACAGAAUAUAGACACGAUGUAAGAAAAGUUACACCAGGCUUAAAGCAGGUGUAUAAUAAUGUACAAGAAAUGUAUGCGGAUGGUGGAAGCUUCCUGAACAUGAAAUAUAGUUUUCUAAGCACACAUGAAAUAAGUGAGUUGCGGAAAAAUAAUGUGUCCGUGAAUCUGUGGGUUGUGAAUGAGCGCUGGCUCUUCUCAUUACUGUGGUGCUCCGGGGCCAGUUCAGUGACCACCAAUGCUUGUCACAUCCUCAAAAGCAUGUCUAAGCCUGACUGGCAUCUGGAGCCUAAUAUGUACAUGGGAAUAUGGGUCUCGGCUGACGUGAUAUCAUUGCUGUUGAUGUUUGGCCUGUUUCUUUGGCAAAAGAGGAGGAACCAUGUUUUUCAUCAAAAUACAAGCGAGAGAAGUGUCCCCCUGCUUCCUCGCUGAAUGAUGCCAUCUUUAUCAUGAGAGGGCAUAUCCUUGUUUCACUUUUUGAAGGACUGUAUGUGGGCAUCAUAAGAAAAUCACGUCAUAUAAAAUGUGUCAUGCAGCAAAUUCACAUUUGUGCUUUUGAUGUAGAAUGCAUAUACAAGACAUUGUUUGAUAUGAGAAUUUAUAUAUUUGAUGAAAUUUCCUCAUUAGGGCAACAUGUUGUGUGCCACCCCUUUACAUGCAGUGCUGCCACCCCUUGACAAAGCUAUGUCAUUUCAGCCAUUUGUUUGAGCCAACUUUUCAUUUAAAUGACAAUACUUUUUACAGGGGUUGUUUACUUAUGUGACACUUUGCAAGACAUUUUUGACUUUAAAAUGUUGGACCCACUUUUUUUAAGUGUCUAAUAUGUACUUCAUUUAAUUUAAUCAUUUGAUACAAUGCACAUAUUGUGUUUCUGUAGUUACAUCUACUGUAUGAUUACACUAUUGACCUUACUGCUUAACCCACCCGUAAACCUAACUAUACCACCAAACCCGUCCUGAACCUUAACUGUAUCCAGUGUCAAUAGCAGAAAAAGUGUUUUACAAUACAACACGAAGUCAUGUAUUCAAAAGACACCUAUUAAAAGUUGGACCCAAAUGUUUAUAUAGAUAUGUAAAUAUUUUUUAUUGUUAUUUUUAUAGAUUUUUUUUAAUU